AUGCUUGUUAUUCUGAUCGGUGUUCUAAGAUUGGGUGUCAGUGCCAACAGUGAAUCAAUUACUAGACAUUAUAAAUUCAAUAUUGUCACCCGUCUGUGUGUCUCAAAAGACAUUGUUACAGUAAAUGGGCACUACCCGGGGCCUACAAUCCGUGCAAGGGAAGGAGAUACAUUGUUUAUCAAAGUAACCAACCAUGUUGAACACAACGUUACAAUUCACUGGCAUGGAUUGAGACAACUACGAACAGGGUGGAGUGAUGGACCAGCUUAUAUAACACAGUGCCCCAUUCAACCUGGGAAGACAUAUACUUACAGAUUUACCAUCACAGGGCAAGAGGGAACCUUGUGGUGGCAUGCUCAUAUAUCAUGGUUGAGAGCAACUUUGCAUGGUGCUAUUAUUAUUUACCCAAGAAGAGGCCUUCCUUAUCCUUUUCCUCAUCCAGAUGCUGAGGUUCCUAUAAUUUUAGGAGAAUGGUGGAAUGCAGAUGUAGAGCAGUUAGUUGCUGAAGCAAAUAUUACAGGAAGAGCACCAGAUAUUUCAGAUGCCUUCACAAUUAAUGGUCUCCCUGGAGCUUUGUACAACUGCUCACAAGAAGAUUCCAUAUUUAGAUUGCCAGUGACUGCAGGCAAAACUUACCUCCUUAGGAUAGUCAAUGCUGCAUUGAAUAAUGAACUGUUCUUCUCUGUAGCCAACCACAUUCUUACCGUUGUGGCAAUUGAUGCUACAUAUACUAAACCAUACAAAACAGACAUCCUCAUGUUAGCCCCUGGACAGACAACUGAUGUGCUAUUGACAACAGACCAGCCAUGGGGUGCAUAUUACAUGGCGACUCAGGCAUACUUCUCAGCAGCAGGAAUGCCCUUUGAUAACACCACAGCCACAGCCAUAAUGGAAUACCAGAACAGUCCACUAACAUAUACAGAUGAACCCAUUAUGCCAUACCUUCCUGCUUUCAAUGACUCUCAGACUGCAAAUGACUUCUCUGCAAAUCUCAGAAGCUUAGAGAAUGCCAAAGUUCCAUUAGAUGUAGACAGAGAUCUCUUCCUCACUGUGGGGCUGGCUCUGAAGCAUUGCCCACUUGAAAAGCCCUGCAAUGGCUUCCAAGGACAAAGGCUCAAAGCCACAUUCAAUAACAUCUCUUUUGUGAGACCACAGACUGCUCUUCUUCAGGCCUAUUACUAUGGGAACAAUGGAGUAUAUACUCCUGAUUUUCCAGACAAGCCAGCUUUGGAGUUUGAUUACACAGGCCAGGGACUGCCAAUGAGUUUUUGGCAGGCACAACAGGGAACCAAAAUCACUGUUCUUCCUUUUAACUCCAAUGUACAAAUAGUACUGCAGAACACCAACAUUAUUGGCACUGAGAACCACCCAAUUCAUCUUCAUGGCUACAACUUUUACAUUGUUGGGCGGGGGAUUGGCAACUAUGAUUCCAUACAGGAUCCAUGCAAAUUUAAUCUGGUGGAUCCUCCAGAGCGUAAUACAGUAGCUGUUCCUGCAGGAGGGUGGGCUGCCAUCAGAUUCAAAGCUGACAAUCCUGGUGUGUGGUUCAUGCACUGUCAUCUAGAAGUUCAUACAUCUUGGGGUUUGGCAGCAGCUUUGCUUGUGGAAAAUGGGUUUGGACCAUUGGAAAGACUUGAACCACCUCCUUAUGAUCUGCCACAGUGCUGA